AUGGAUUCCCUGGAAGGCUACAACAAAGAGAAUGCCAUUACAUUGAUAUCACAAAGUCAUCCGUCCACACCGCCCGGAUUGCCCUUGUCAUCCAAGCGUUCUCUCAAUUCGUUAAAUUCGUUGAACGGAUCACCCCUAGCAUACUACACCAAAAAGACCGACGGCUCUCCUUCCCGUUCUGUUUCGACUUCUUCGGCCUCCAGCACGUCUCUAGGGAGUCUCCAGAAAGAGUAUAAUUCCCUAGAAAGACGGUACACUGACUUGGUGCUUCAGAACAAGUCGCUUUUGGUAGAGUUCACAGCGUUGGAACAAGACGUCCAUAUAAAAACGACACAAUUGAAAGAGCAAGCAGAAAAGAACCGCAACUACGAACUAUUUAUUAAAUCUAUACAAGAUGAGCACAACAAGAGCUCUGACUUGCUCACACGAGAAAUUUCAUUUUACAAAGAAUUGCUACAGGAAGUGCAACUGAAUCUCGACAAGUUGACGGCGGAAUUCGAUUCUUAUAGACAGAAAUCGAUAGCUAACUCUCCUAGCCAAGAGCAUGACAGCCAGAAUGACAUUCUGUACGAAAGACUCAGCAAAGAAUACCGAGCACUCCAAUCGAAUUUCGAGCUUGAAAAGACAUCCAAGACUGUAUUGAUAGACCAGAUAGAUUAUCUUACCAAAGAGAACGAAGCUCUUCGUAUGGAACAACAGCGAGAUUCUCUUGCCAGUCAGAACUUCAUUCUGGACGAUAUUCUAGACAGCAGUGUUAUCCAUGACAUCACACAUACAAUUCACACAAUGAACGACUAUAAUGAUCAUAACGAAAUUAAUAAUAACAACAGCAGCAACAACAACAACAGCAACAUGAUAUCUUACCUUGCUGAUGAGUUAAGAAACAACCAUUCUUCUCCGAUUAAAGCCGAGUAUAACACCGACGAAUCGAUGGAGAUAUCACGAAACUUCCAGUUCCCACCACCGGAGUUUGCUGAAAGCAACUUCUUGCCUAAGACCGAAAAACUAGAGAGCUCUUCGAAGAUCCAAUUUCCGCCAUCGCCAGAACCUGGAGUGAAGGAAAAGAGACAGUCUUUGCCACUCCAUCUUCGCGGCAGUCAGUGCGAUGAAGAGUUUGUUCUUUCCCCAUUUAAAUUGGCCAAUGCUACUAUUUCUUUGAUAGGCAAUGAUGACAGAGUCGUUCCUUCUGUGAAGAGAUAUUCUUCUUCUAAACCAAAUCAUAAUCGAUACAAUAGUCAUGAGAUUGUGCCUAUCAUGGUAGAAUUUGAACCGCUAGAGCUGGCUUUACGGAGUACUUCUGUUCCUGAAAAAGCACACCAUAACAACAACAGUCAUAAGUUCGAUAUCAUCAACGAACUGUCUGAGGGCUCUGUGGAAAAUAGCAAAACCGCUUCAGCUCGUGAUGGAGCUUUCUUUGCCUUGAAUGGCUACGAUAGUAAAUCAAAUAGAAACUCCGCUACGAUGAUGUCCUCCAAGAGAUCUAGUUUGAUUUCAGAGAACUAUUCGAACGAUAUUACGAGACAUGAGAUCACUAAGUUGAAGUUUGAACUACAGUCGCUCAGGCUACAUAACGAGAAGUUGUUAUCCUAUAUUGGCUUUGAGUUGCAAAAGCAGAAGAAGAACAUCAAGAAGUUGACCAAGAAACAGUCUACUCGUACACUUCGCUCGUAUCCUAGUAAGAAGAAAAUGGAAUAUUCUGAUGCCAAAUUGAUUGAAAGGUCUAAAGAGAUGCUCAUACAGAAGAAACGUGUUUUACGAUCAGUUUCGAUCAAUGCGAUCUUGUCUAAGAAAUACCAUGACAAUAGUGGAAUGCGUCCAACGAAUGCAAUUGGUAUAAUUCCGACGGGAUUAUCUCCUUUUGCCAAUUCGCUUUUCACGACUUUUGAGAACGAAUUCGAACAAGAUGAAGAUGGGCUCCUGUUACACAACGAUCUAGGGGAAGAUGAGUACGGUUUUUUGACUCAUAACGACCGAUUUAGUAGUCGCGUAUUCUCGAACGGACUAUACGCCUAUCUUAAUUUUGACGAAAACGAGCUUGACGGAGACGAAACGGCUGACUGCGACAAGGAAAGAAGAAUCAAAAAAUACCGAUCGCAGGUGUUUGAGAAAUCCAAGUUUGCUUCCAGUGACGAUGAAGCAGGAGAAGACGGCACAGACGAGGCCACCGAGGUCGAGAAGGAUGACUGGGAAGAAAUAAGUGGAGAAUCGUCAUCGGAAGAAGAACUCGGGAUGAUUACACAGAUCAAGUAUUUGAUGUUUGGAGCUAGUGCGCUCAGUGCCAAGCAGAAGAGAAAGAAGGACCAACACCUGCUAGUAGACGAUGGGUUGAAGUACAAGUUUUUCACGAUAGCGUUGGGAAUCAUGAUAAUCGGGUUGAAGUUUUCGCACCAACACUAUGACAAUUGACCACUGUAAUUUUACUUAAUAGGGCUUAAUAUCCGCGUAUAGUUAAACCGCAACU